AUGCAAACAAAAAAGCAGGAUUUGGAAGACAAUAUUGAACUGUGCAGCAAGAAGCUGGAUCGAGCAGAGAAACUAAUCAGCGGAUUGGGUGGAGAGAAGACACGAUGGACUGAAGCAGCAGCUUCUCUGAAAAACCGUUAUCAUAAUAUAAUCGGUGAUGUGCUCCUGAGCGCCGGAGUGGUUGCCUAUUUGGGUCCGUUCACUGUCGACUUUCGUACGGGGAUUCAACAGGAAUGGCAUCAAUUGUGCAUGAAAUUGGAAGUGCCCUGUUCCGAUACGUUUCGUAUUUCGGACACUUUGGGUGAUCCGGUGAAAAUUCGGUCGUGGAAUAUUGCCGGUCUGCCGGUGGAUAGUUUUUCUAUCGAUAAUGGGAUUAUUGUUACCAAUUCUGAUCGAUGGUCUUUGUGUAUCGAUCCACAAGGUGAGAUGGUUUUCAGUUGA